UAUUUUGUUUUGACCACAAUCUUCACUUCAAGCGAGAGUCACUGGUAUAUUUGUCAUCAAUUGCAUCCACAUUUUCACACACAAAUCCUGCGAAAUACUGAGAGCAACAGCAUGGGCACUCUUGAAAACACUUUGCAGAUAGAAACAAAAUUAGAAAAGGAGCAAACAAACCAGGCCCUGCUGAAGGAUCGCGUUGAGAAGUACUCCGAGUUAACUCAAUCGAUGUCAAAAAUUUUGAACUCCUUCGAACAGCGUCUUGGAAAGCUCGAGCAUACCAUUCUUCCGGUUUAUAAUGUCACGAAGAACCUCCAGAAGCAGCAGCAAAAUCUGGACACCACGCUGAACUGCUUGGAGCAGGUUUUGUCCCACUACGACGCUUCACAGGAUGUUUGCAAUCUGAUUCACCAGGGACCUUCCGAGGGAAACAUUACGUCCUUUUUGGAUGGAUUGAAUAAGUUGAAAAAAGCGAAGGAUUAUUUCCUGAACAACAAUCCACAGAGUGUGGAGCUGGAAAACGUAACCAGUCUGUUCAACAAUGGCUGUGAAACGUUGAAUAAUCACUUGAAAUCUUUGUUAAGGAAGCACAGUGCUCCCAUGAAGCCGGUCGAUUUGCUGGAUUUAAUUUAUAUUGAAGAAGAUUCAUCCAACGAGGAUUGUCCCUCGAUUAAACAACUUCCGACUAAUACCAGAGAAGAGCUGAAUGUAAUUGCCCAGUGGUUGGAUAAUAAUCUACGACGGGAGUAUAUACAGAUUUACGGAGAUGAACGAUCGGAAGUAAUUAUGAGGUCUCUGCAGAAUUUGAAAGAUCAUCAGAAGAGCGGUAGUUGGGGAAACGAACCAUUGAAGUCUAGAUAUCAUGGACGACAUUCGGACGCCGGUGUGAAGAAGUCCACUUCUGCGCGUUUGCAACAAAUUUUUGAGCGGAAAGCGAACAAAAUGUUGAUGAAAGCAUCGCAAACUCUGGGGCAAUCUGCGGGACUGGCCAUGCGCAAAAAUUCAUCUUUCGGCGACAUCUUGGCGGCCGAAGAACAUUCCAGUGACAACGAUCAGGAACUGGAGAAAUAUUUGGUUCUCCUGCUCGGUUUGCAGAAACUUCUUGUGUGGGAGCGGCAGCUUCUCAGCGACAUAAUUCCAUCGUCUCGUCACAACGAAGUAUUUUCGCGUCUUUCCCAACCAUCCAUCGAAAUGACCGUCAGAGAUGCGGAGGCUAUUACCAGCCGGGUUCUAAGAAGCAUCAGCCGGAAAGAAUGGUCCGCUGCGUUGGGCAUAUUUUCGGCACUGAAACACGUGCAAAUUCUACAACCGGAUAUAGACAAAAUUUGUGAUUCGGCUCAGCGUCAACAGCUGAGUGGCGUAUUGAUCAAACUACAACAGACCGGUUCAAAAGCGUUGGAACAGUUUAUCGAUGCCGUCAAAAACGACGCAGGAGGUGGUGGAAUGGUUAGCAUGAGUUCCAGUACAAUUAGCUACGGCGGAAGCUCGAGCGUUCCUAAAGAUGCCACGGUAUACGAGCUGACGUCGAACACGAUUUGGUUUUUGGAACAGCUGCAAGAGCACUGCGAUACCAUUGGAAGUAUUCUCCAAACCGAAUCAAUCUACACGAACGAUUUGGAUCGAAUUGCAUCCCACAAAAACGUACCUAUCGAACAGAAAAACAAAGCUCUUUUGGGAAUCUAUGUACGGAAGGUUCUUGGCGAACUGAACUAUACCAUCGCAACAAAAUCCGAACAGUACGGAGAUCUAGCUACGAAGCAGCUAUUCAAGCUUAACAACACUCACUACAUUCUCAAGUCGCUGCAGCGUUCGAACCUAAUCGAUAUCGUAGCUCUCACGGAGCAUGAUUGCGAGAAGCGUUACCAGAAGAUGAUUCAGGACCUGAAGAGGGCCUACCUUAGCUCGUGGUCCAAGUUGCUAGCGAACAUAACACCGCUAGAGGAUAUUCCAAAACCGGUUGGAAACCGUGUGAAGGACAAGGAACGAGCAAUCAUCAAAGAGCGGUUCUCAUCAUUCAACAAAGAGCUGGACGACGCUUUGCGAACACAGCGUGCAAUAUCCGUUCCUGACGUUCUUCUCAGAGAAGGCAUCAAGCGGGACAACGCCGAGCACAUUGUACCGCAUUAUAAUGCGUUCUUUGAAAUCUAUUCGGAUGUACAUUUUAGCAAAAACCCUGAAAAGUACGUGAAGUACCGUCCGACGGAUGUUAACGCGAUGUUGAACAGCUUUUUUGAUGAUACUAUUUAAAGUGCUGAUCGAUGGAUAUCAUAUUCCACUCUGAAAAUCAAGAUUGUAGUAUUUGAUUAUCAUAUGCAAUAACACGUUGAAAUCCGAAUAAAAAACAAAAAUCUA